GUGUAUAAGUUGACAAGCUCCGCACUAGUUAUUGUGAAGCACUAGAUAUUGUGAAGUAUCUUUUUUAAUGGUCCGAGUGGAAUACCUGUCAUUUGUGAUAAGGUAUUCUUGGAUUUUGACCUGUGUGGAAUAGUUUGGGUUAAACCAGUCUGUUCCCAACGGUAUAAUUUCAGUUCAGACCCAGUGUUGCCGGUUGGAUUUUCGAUAGCUGUUGACAGUUGUGUGAGAUUUUUGAGUUUUCAGAGUGGAUUUUCAUUUGAAAUCUCAAUAAAUGUGGCAGCUCUGUUGAUAAAAGAACAUUUGUUGAAGAAAUAUUCGAUAAAUUUCGUAUGAAAUCGGAUUUUAAUGUGUCCAACUCUGUAGACCAAGUUAGGAUACAAAUCUGUGGACGUUACUUGUUGAUGAUACGUUGUGGCAAGUGGACACUGAACAAUAUGCCUUUGGGGAAAGUUCCUGGUUGGAUAUUUGCAUCAUAUUUCCCUUCUAAAAGGGGAUUUAAGAGAUCACAUUCAAUGAGAAUGGAAAAAUUUAAGAGGACUUUCAGUUUUCGAAAGAAAAAGGAUCACGUACCAGAAUGUAGUAAACCUCACCAGUGGCAGGAAGACGAAAAGAAAGUUCGAGAGGGCACAUGUAGUUUCCAAGUUAGGUACCUAGGAUGUAUAGAAGUUUUCGAGUCGCGGGGUAUGCAGGUCUGUGAGGAAGCAGUAAAAGCAUUAAAACAGCAAUGUAAAGGAAAAUAUCAGCGAGCAGUAUUAUACGUGUCUGGCGAUGCCCUCCGUGUUGUAGAUGAGAUUAGUAAGGUGAAGGAUACCAAGGGCAUAAACUCCAAUAAGGGAUUAAUUGUUGAUCAGACCAUAGAAAAGGUGUCGUUUUGUGCCCCGGACAGGAGCCACGAAAAAGGAUUUGCGUAUAUUUGCCGUGAUGGCACGACGCGACGUUGGAUGUGCCACGGUUUCCUGGCGAUACGUGAAACAUUAGCCAGAAUUGGCCAGACUUUUGUUUGGGGUGAGCGCCUGAGCCAUGCAGUGGGCUGUGCUUUUGCCAUUUGUCUUGAACGUAAACAGAAGAGAGAUAAGGAAUCGGGCGUGACGGUCACAUACAGUGAGGAUAGGACAAGUUUCACAAGGACAGGAUCAUUCCGACAAGCAUCCAUCACAGAGCGGCUGCAGGAUCCACAGAGCGCCCUCGUAGCAGGUAUUCAAAAUCCUGUUCCACAGAGUCGACAAGAGAACCCGUUUGCGGUGGAAAGGCCGCACGCCACCCCCAACAUGUUAGAACGCAUGGGCUCGUUCCGUGGUUUCUCUAAACUAAACGAGUCUUCAUCACCGUUCAAAAGACAGUUAUCUCUACGUGUUAAUGAACUACCAUCAACGAUUCAGCGACAGCAAAAUAUGGGCUACACGAAUGAAGGAGAUUCGUUACAUCAUACCAACGGUCCAGGUUUGUCCGCCAGUCCAAUUGCGGAAGCGUCUCCGACGAAGGAAAAUCAAGACUCAAUAGCCGAGAUGUGUGCUCAGUUAUCAUCAGGUCUUUCGGCGCUCUCUGGUGACGAUCCUUUCAAUCAAGUUCAAGCGAAAGGUCAAGUGAAUAUGAACCAUGGCAUGGGACCCGUGCCGGGAGCCACUCCACAAAGCGUUGGAGCGGCAGGCCAGCCUAACCCUUGGGGGAGCCCCAAGCAGCCAAACACAGCAGACUUCUGGCUUAACUCUCAAAAUGUUGGAGGGAGUGGCGACGUAUCGAUGAAUAUGAACGUGACUAGGACGCCACCGGCAGCAACGGCUCAAAUCCAUCACCAACAGCAACCUGUGGCAUACAACCAGCCGAUGGACGCAGCCGCUCCCAACAGAGCACCACCACUCAGCCAAACUCGUAGUCAUUCCAUAGAUACUGGUUCAAUGCAUGCGACCCAGCACGCGCAAAAGGCACCAACACUUAGGGAAAUUUCCGAGCAAAAUAAAACGCAGCGAAAUUGGCAGAGUAUGACGGGUCAGGGACCGGCAGCCACAGAUCCUUUUGAUGUAGCUUGGGCGGCCAAAGCGGGCGGGAAGCCUAAACCUGCACCACAGCCUACAAAUCCGUUUGCCAACAAUUCGCAUCCAGUAAAGGCUUUUGAGGUUCAGUUAUAACCCCGGCUACUCAGACACUAGUGAAGUGCGUGACAUAUCUUACUCUGAUAUUCAGGAAUCUGAUAACCCCCAAGGAACCAUGAGUGGAAUUUUUUUAAGUGACAAAUUUUAGAUAUUUUAUUGAGCUGAAACAAAUGUUUUUAUCUGGAGACUCAUGUAUAUGACCUCUGAAAAUGGUUCCGUUAGACCUAGACUGAUUUUUAUCGGUGUUCUUGGACACGAAGGCCUAUUACCUUUACAAGGCUGUGGUGUGCGGUGCUAGCGGACCGAGAGUCCAAAGCAAUGCGGUAUUGAGGAUCUAGCAUUCAUUUUAUCGUCCAAUGGAAUAAUACUGAACCAGACAAUGGCCAGUUACGCGGUGUUCUAUGUGAUAGGCUGGCUGUUCAGUGACUCGAAGACUUCAUGGAUUUUUAUUGUUUGUGUAUAUUGAGAAUUUUCUCGUCCAUUGACUCUGUGAAGUUGUCCUUUGAUUGAAGUGUAUUUCGAGUCAACAUUGGAGUGGGUCACAUUUCAUAAAAUACAACAGAUUUUAAAGAUGUUGAAUGUAAUCAUUCAAGCUUCUACUUGAAAUACUAUCAGUUCUGUGUCUCCAGAGUCAAAGUUAAAUAGGUUACUGCACAUUGUGUGAAGGCUCGGCUAAGGGCCUGGAUGCCAAACUGAACGGUGAUGACUUGGGUGUGUCACAGCUUUUACACUACAUGUUCAGCAGCCUGCUCUAAUAUUGACUCAUGAUUCUACUCAAAAUUGCCAUUAAAAGAGAGGAGUGUUUGCUUUAGGUAAUGCACAAAUGUACAAUGACCUCCUCUAACCUUGAAAUAUUGCUCUAUGGAGGAUGAUGUUUAUAGUGCGCUGCUCUGCAUAAGUGUAUAUUAAUAGAAGGUGGUGACCUACUUGGAUGUUGACUCGAGAUAAAAUAUGUAUGUGACCCUCCUUUACAAAACCAAUCACUUGUUCCAGAUCUUCAUAUUGAAGAAAAUGGCUGGGAAAAGGUGUUCAAAGUUAACUAUUUCCCAUUGAAUGUCAACCAGAAAAGUAUGUGUAACUUCUGAAAUCGGUCUGAUUUUUGCAUAACGAGGGGCUUUGCUUGCUCUUCCUUGCUUAAAAAUCAGUUGAAAAUACUCAGAAUGCGGCUUAUGACUGGUUUUGUGUUGGAGGGUCACAUAUUAGAGUCGAUUUUGCUCAAGUUUGCUUAAGUCCUGAUACUUUUUCUAGGACACUGCAUAUCAAAGUACAGUAAUUGAAUAGUUAGCAAACUUGAGAUACAACGGGUCUUGGCUAUUUGUGUCCAUAUUGUUAAAAAGGUUAUACAUGUAUUAAAGAUAAUUGGUUUUAGCCGCUGUCAUCCAAUUUAACCCUUUGGUGUUUACCUGCUUUGGCCCUGGAGAAAUGAUUUUUAACUUCACCCUUUAUCCUGUCUAACAGUAAUGUCAAUACUGGGUUAUGUUUUAGCAUCAUGAAGCCUAUCACCUCACACAAAUGUUAGAUACUGAGUAACUGGGUAAAGUUUAGAAAUGGCAGCACUGAAGUCCCAAAAUAUAGAAUACUAAUUCCUGUGCUUUAGAUCAGCAAUAUCUGAACCGAUCAUGGGGCACUUUUUUGCAGUAAUCGUGCUCAACUGGGCAACUGGGUUACUCGAUAGGAUGGAUUUGUAGUAUUCAUAGUAUUGUGCGUUAAAAUCAGCAAUUGAUCGGCCAUGAUUUCAGCAUUUUAUAUAAAAAUCAGUAGCGUAAAAUUCUGCUUUAAUAAUGAUAAUAAUUAUUUUUGAAUGAUUAUUUUAUAAGCAUCCUUGUGUUUCGUGUAUUCAUGAUAGAGACACAUAGACAUGAAUGUAUGUGUUUGCUGGUUUAACCUUUCUGUCCGGCCCAAUUUACUUCUAUAGGCGCUUGUUAAUGCUCCAGAAGAGCCCAUUAUGGGAUGUGGGAACAUAUUGGGUAAGAGCAGUGAACACAGGCGACUAAAUCAAGAAUGGCAGUCACGGGAACAGAAAAUUUCUUUUUGAGUUUGACCAAUUAGCAGUGCAGAGUUUUUACUGCUACAAUCAGUCGCCUGUAUGCGCCAAACUCAGGAUGCCAUGAGGUCAAUGUGUAUACGUAUAUAGAUGUAAUAUAUAAAGGGCUAUGUGGACCAGUUUCUUUGGUGCGAGUACAUUGUAUUGCAAGGUGACUUGAUCACGUUAUACAUGUAUAAUACAGUUUGGAGAAAAAUGUACUGCAGAUUGAAGUGAACUUUGAUGAAAUGGAUUUUGUUUACUCAGUUUUAUGAUGUCUCGGUUCAAAUCUGUGAAAAGGCUUGCUUCUUGUUCCUGUGAAUUACAGCAAAGUGAAGGAAUAUUUUUGUUUUAAAUGAAUUUGACAUUUUGCUUUUUAUACCAGUUUAUUUUUACAGAACAGGAUUAUGAGUUCAGAAUGUCCUGCUGUUGGUUUGAAGGAACUAAGAGUUUUAUCCUUUUUUGUUAGGAAUGAUUUUACUCUUGGUCUCAAGUGAAGUUUGGGAUAGGUAUGUUAGAUAUCACACUUAAGAUGCUUUUCAUGAUGUUAUUGUGGCUUGACAUCAGGAAUGACGUUGGGCCACAACCAAAAAAAGUGUGACUUGUGACAUCUGGUGGAAAUCUCCCAACACCACAAGCAAUACAGGCUCUUUUGAGACUCUAGCGUCUGUCCUGAUGUAGUCCGUCAUUGCACCAUGAUAAACAUCUAUAGUGAACUAGUAUUCUGAAGGUCAACUCUAAUAUUGGUUCGAGAUGUAGUUCAUCUUAUUCUUAUUCUUAUAAAAAUCUGAUCAUUCCAUAUUUUAGCAAUACUCUGCAAGUGUCUUGAGAUUUGAUGUGAGCUAAUAAUAUCAAGAAUCCAUAAAGACCACUCUUUGUUUAAUUCUUGAUGAUAUUGGUUGUGUUGAAAGUAUCUGUCUGCUUUGUGUCCUAUUUAUCCACAUGAACUGUUUGUUGAAAGUUGAAACAGUUGUAACAACAACCAAAUUUGAAGGAAUAUUGAAUUCAGCCUAACAACUAUGGUAUUUGUCCCCAAAUGCUCCAAAUCAUGGUGCUUGCAGACAUAUACAUUUUUCAUCACCUUUAAAAUUAUUUAGUUUAUUUCAUAUGACCAUAGAGAUUGGUGCAUUGUAGCCUGUAUUAAACAGUUAUUGCCUAUAUUGCUUCGAGUUGGUGGUCUAGAAGUUGUAAAUCACCUGCCUCUUCCACUUGGCCUAAGGUUCAGGGGCGGAUCCAAGAUGGGGAGAAAGUGGGGGCAUCUGGACCCUCAAUUUUCAGAACAUUUUGGUAAAAUUCAAUUAAGAUUUCACAAGUUCAAAGUAUUUGACCCCUUCCUUUUUGUGUAACUCCGCGGUACAGAUUGCCCUAUAGUCUGGUAUUUAUCUUUUUCAUGGUCAGGGUUGCAUAUCUAAUCUUAGGAAUGAUUCUGGUUCACUGCCAGGAAGACCACCAGCUGUGGUUUGUAAAUAAAGCUGUAAGGAAUGUAAAUUUGGCCAUAAAAUAGUAACUUGUAAUAAUAUUAAUCCUUAUGAUAAUAGCUUCAUCUAUAAUAAAUUGAUUCAAAUCA